CCUAGCGUGCUAUCCGUAAGCGCGUUCCGGAAGUCGUUCCGUUGUGCAUGGCGCACUAGCCAAGGUUUGACGACCGGAAUGGCCCCGAAAUUGGCCUCAAAUCUUCUCGCACAGCUCCAAAAAGAGUACAAGGAAAUAGCAAAGUUUGCUAUCAGCGAAAGAGCUCAAGACUCGGCGGAGGACGAUGGCUCCAAUUCUGUCUUUGAGGAGCCCCUUCAGGCCAGCACCCUGCUGGAGUUUGCCGCAGCGCUCACGCAACGGGUGAUGGGCGAUGAUGGUGACUUGAGCUAUGCCACCCGCAGCGCCCUGGAGAAUUUUGUCCGCGGGCACCGCAUACCCGCGCACCCCAGCGAGCCCAACUGGAAGCACUUUGAGGCGCUGCAGGCCGCCGAGGCCGCCACCGCCGACAAACGCGCCUUCCUCCGCAGCGCCCGCGACCUGGUGUUAGAGGCCCUAGCGUCGCUGCCGGACGGGCCGGCGGCCGGCUACAGUGGCAAGGGCGGCGCCGGCGGCAGCAAGGGCGGCGGUGCCGGCAAGGGCGUAUCGCUGCCGGCGAUCAAGACGCUGGUUGAGGCGGACUGGGAGGCACAGGGCGGGACAGGCUUCGAUGCGGCCAAAGUCACAGCAGCAGUGAAGGCGCUGGUGCUCAAAGGCAGCAUUGUGCAGGUGGGUGGCCGCUACCACCUCGCCAAGGGGAAGGACAAGCCUAAGCCGUCGGCCGCGGCCGCGGCCUCAACCAGGCACAAGGCCUCGGGAGCCGCCGCAGCCUCCAGUGAAGCCGCAGCAGCCGCGGCGGGGGCGGCCAAGCUCAAGGCCGCGGCCGCGCGCAAGCCGGCGGCCAAGCCUGUCCCCAAGGCGGCCACUAAGGCUGUAGCUGCCAAACCCAAGGCCGCGGCCCCCUACGCGUCGGCCGUGGCGCGAAAGAACCCAUUGCCCGGGCCCAGCAGCCCCGCAGCCGCCGCAAAGCCUGCGGUCUCCAAGUCGCCCGCUCACAAGGCGGCGGGGGCCGCCGCCACGUCGAAGCCAGCGGCGCGCGGCAAGGCCGCGGCCCCGGCCGCGGCGUCGCCGCGGUUGGGCCGUGCCGGCGCCACACGUUCCGACGCUGCAGGAGCAACAGCAGCUGCAAAGUUGUCCGGGCGUGGGCCAAAGGCUGCCGCGGGCGGCGUUAGGAAGGUGGCGACGAAGAAGGUGGCGGCGGCGGCCGCCGUGGAUGGCACCGCUGGCGCAGCGGCGGAGCCUCCUCAGGUGGUUGACGGCAAGCCCAUGUGGAAGAUUGAGAAGUUCGUGUCGCUGCGCAAGGGCCGCGGGCGCGGCAAGCGCACGCUGCGGGUGCGGUGGCAGGGCUGGGGCGCCGACGACGACUCGUGGCUGCCGGAGAAGCAGCUGGUGGAGGACCUGGGGGCGCAGGGCUUUGCGGAGCUGCUGGAAGAGCUGGAGCAGGCAGGAGGCGUCAGGGGCAAGAGUGCCAAGGCGGCAAAGGGCGGCCGGGGGAGCAAGGCGGGCGCGGGAAAGGCAUCGGGGGGCGUGCAGAAGCGUGCUGCGGGGUCGGGGGCGGCGAAGAAGCGGGGAGCUGCAGGCGCUGGGGGGCGUGGCAAGAAGUGAGGAAGUGGUGGUGGCGCAACGCAAGAGGCACCCAGGUGCGAUGGGACAGGGUAAGGGGCAGGUUGGCGUAGUCCCGUAGUGUGCAGCGUACUCCCAGAUCCCAGUUUGCAACGUCAAGGCAAGGAAGGCAUCCAGGUGACUACAUACAAGUGCAAGCAUUGUGCAUGCGUUUCUAAUGAUGGUGACCUUGACAUGAGCAUAAUGCAUUCACCAAGUUGCGGUAUUUGCUGGCAUUCACCAAGUUGUGGUACUUGCUGGCUUGAGUACAGGCUCAUGUCAACAAACGGACAGGCGGUGGACGAUGGAGAUGGAGUGAGUGGUAAAGCCUCGGGCCGUGAGGUCUCGCCGGGCACUGAGCAUGAGCGGUGGGCGGUGGGGGCACUGCAAAAUUGGACAGGCCAGAGCAAUGGCAUCGCGCGGAGAAGGAGCACGCUUGAAAGGAGCUGGACCAGGCUGGACUUACAAGCCCGGAAUUCGUUGAUAUACCAGGCCGUAAUAGCGCGAUCAGAUGCUUAUACGAGUGGAUAGUAUCGCUAGUCCUUAUCCUCAGAAGCUUUUAUAGUAUCUGCCGCUGUUAGGGUGCCAGCAGUGCCCAUGGUGUUUCGUGCCAAAACUUGACCAGUCAUGCAAACUGCUGCUCAAACGUCCUCGAGGUCC